AUGAAUGAGAAAGAAAACGAAUAUGAUUCGCUGUACGAUGUAAUAUACGAUUAUGACGUCAAUGAGGAAUUCCUCAAGGGGAAGGACAACAACAUUCAGCCUGCAAAACCGGUGCUCUGUGACAUAAAAAGUAAAUUAAUUGCCAAGGGAGAAAGAGAAAGCUUGGCCGAUGUGCGUUCGGAGAGUGCCCACCCGAAUGACGCAAUAAAUGAUGAAAACGAAGAAAACGCUUCACCAAUAUCGUCCAUAGGUUUAAGCGAUAAAAAUGGCGAUUGCGCAGGGGGGGAUGAAAUGGAGAGCCAACUAACGCCUCAGAAGAAUACCCCAGACAAUGCUAAAGAGAGCGAAAUAAGCUCCUAUAACAUGGGCCAUUUUAAGGAAAGGGAAGAUUUGUCAUUCUUAAAAAGUAACACACAGCAUAAUGAUAUUGACAACGAUGAGGGUAACAAUUCCAAAGCGGUAGAAAGAGAGGAGAUAAAAAUUGUGAACCCCGAAAAAGGGGAAAAUCACUCCCUAGUUGGCUGUUCAUUAUCAGCUAACGGAGGGGACGCAUCUGCAAAUAGCGCCUCUACACACGUAGUGCGAAUAAGCAGCUGCGAAAAAGUCAAUAAAGAAACGAACCUCCAAAGGAGGAUACUAUCAACCGAUUGGCAGAGUACAUACAACUCCCAUGACGUUACUGUAGGGAGGAAUUAUAACAACGUAGUGAACCGUAAAAACACAUUAGGAGAAUAUGCCCCCAUGGAACAGGUAACCAGAGAAGAGCGGCCUAACACCGAUGAGGCAAAAGACGGGGAAACACACCACAACAACGACGUUAUGAUAAAGGGUAGUGAGGUAAAGGAAAAAUACAAAAAACUCCGAUUUGAAGAUGAUAUAUAUAAAGAGAAUGCAGAUGGAAAAGCUGAGGAAAAAAAUGAACAACGCACAAAUGAGGAAGAAAAAAACAAACUGGAUGAAAAAAGCACCAUCAAUGAAGAAAACAAAAAUGUAGAACAGAGUAAUGAUAAUAACACCUCGGAGGAAAAAAACAAAACGGAAACAAAUGCCAAGAAAAAUACAACGUCGGAAAAUGAUGGAAGAAGUACAUUCGAAUGUAACAUUUGUUUUGAUGACGUGAGAGACCCGGUGGUAACGAAAUGCGGCCACCUGUUCUGCUGGUUAUGUCUCUCCGCUUGGAUUAAAAAAAAUAAUGAUUGCCCUGUCUGCAAAGCUGAAGUUUCAAGGGAAAAUGUAAUACCCCUAUACGGAAGGGGAAAAAAUAGCACAGAACAUAAAUAUUCGAAUACGGAAGAACCUAGACCCACUCCCAAAAGGAAAGAAAGUGUUAGGAGAAAUAAUGGCUAUUCUAACAAUUUAGGGUUAAGGGCUUCCUUUGGCGUUUGGGUGAACCCUUUUUCCUUUGGAAUGUCCUACACCAACAUGACGGAAGAGCCCUACUUUUAUGAAAGCGGUGGUGGUGACAAUAGAACCCAGGCAGAAACGUAUCAAGCGGAAGCUGCAUCUUCCUUUUUCUUUUUCCUGGGUUUCUUUCUGUCCCUCUAUAUUUUGUUCUACUCUUCCUAG